CCUCUUCGGCAAGAGUUGUACAAUCAGGGGGAGCCGGAUUAUGUGUUUCAAUCACUUGUUAUGCCUAAUUUUUUCUAUGGUUUAUCGGUGUACGGAGCCUCCUCCUCUGAUCUUAACAACGUAGAGCAUUUUUUAGAUAAGUGCGAUAAACGCAGGUAUAUAUCGAGGAAAUUGAAUAUAAGGGAGCUGCUUGAAAGAUCAGAUCGCCGUACUUUUAGAAAGUCAUUGGGAACUAAUUCGGCCCUUGUGAAGAUUUUACCACAAAGGAAUUUCACCAGUUACGCACACACCAUGCAUUCAUCAUCCUACAAUGGCGACAGAACGCUUCAAAUCGUUCUAUGUGAAUAG